UUUUUGAGAAUCCGCGAUUGAAGGUGGAUGAUGUACAGAGUCACGUAGACUCGUAGUCCUUUACCAUCUUCAAACAUCUCUGUUGUGGCCUCGCAAUUGAAUGGAAAAGAGAGAGAGCAAAAGGAUGCCGAUGGCACGUUUUCUGCUUCCUUUCAUCCUCAGUUUUUUCACCAUCAAAGCUGCUGAAUCCACCCUCACCAUGAGCAAACAUCACUGCUCAAACUCAACCACCUUCUCUUCCCAUAGCACCUACCACACCAACCUCGAUCGUGUUCUCGAUGAUCUCGUUAGAGAAGCGGGUGCCGACGCUGUUGACGGGUUCAACUUCACUUCGAGGGAAGCCAGCUCGAGCGAGGCCGUCUACGGCAGCUUUAUGUGCAAAGGCGAUGUCUCAAAGAAAGAGUGCGCAGAAUGCGUCAAGAACGCGAGACUUGCGAUAACCCGGAUAUGCCGGAUGACGAAAGUCUCCUUCUUGUGGUACGAUCAGUGCAUGUUGCGCUUCUCCGACUCCAAUUUCACCAGGAAGAUGGAGCUGGCACCUCUGUUGGAUGGAUACAAUGAAGAGAAUAUAGAACAGCCAGAUGAAUUCAUGAAGCUUCUGAACAAGACGAUGGAUCACGCGGCUAGAGAGGUUGCUCGGCAUCCUCCUAGGAUGUAUGGCCAUUGCGACGCCAAGUUAAGCCAGGAGAAAACGUUGUACACAUUCGCACAAUGUGUGCCUUAUAUUUCCAAUAACAAUUGUUCAGAGUGCCUUCGCAACGCCUUAUCGAGCCUCUUAACCCUCCAAAAGGGGAAAAUCGGGGGCCGAGUGUUGCUUCCAAGUUGCUUUGUCAGGUUCGAGAUUUACCCGUUUUACCGGAGCAGCUCAAAAGGGAAAGUGCACUUCCUGUUGAAAAUAUCGGCUGCAAUCCUCGCUGGAGCCGUAGGAUCGACGCUACUUUUUUGCAUGAUAGUCUGGCAUUUACUACGAGGAAGAAGAGCUUUAAGAAGGGAGAGCGGAAGUCGUACAGAAGAAGAUCCGAUUGUUAGGAGGCAAAUUUCUGAACUCCAUUCCCUGCAAUUUGAUCUGCGAACGAUAGAAGCCGCCACAAACAAGUUCUCGAAUGACAAGAAGUUAGGGGAAGGCGGAUUUGGUCCAGUUUACAAGGGUACACUACCCGGUGGUCAAGAAAUUGCAGCAAAGAGGCUAUCUAGGAGCUCCGGACAGGGAGUCGAAGAAUUCAAGACCGAGGUCGAAUUAGUAGCCAAGCUUCAACACAGAAACCUAGUGAGGCUAUUGGGAUUCUCCAUGGAAAGAGAUGAAACAAUACUAGUCUAUGAAUACGUGCCCAACGGGAGCCUCGAUUGCUUGUUAUUUGAUCCCAUGCUCAGUGGACAACUGGAUUGGUCAACACGUUACAAGGUCAUGGUAGGGGUGGCACGCGGACUACUAUAUCUUCAUGAAGAUUCUCGGCUUCGAAUUAUCCAUCGUGAUCUCAAAGCCAGCAACAUUCUGCUAGAUGCUGACAUGAACCCAAAAAUCUCAGAUUUUGGUUUGGCCCGAAUCUUCGGUACUGAUCAGACUCAAGCAAGCACAAAUAGAAUCGUGGGAACAUAUGGCUACAUGUCUCCUGAGUAUCUGAUGUUUGGACACUUCUCAGUAAAAUCCGAUGUCUUCAGCUACGGCGUGUUAAUGCUAGAGAUUAUAACCGGCAAAAAGAACAGCCAAUUCUUCGCAUUGGACUGCGAUGACGGCCUGCUAGGCUAUGUUUGGAAGCACUGGAGCAACCGAACUCCGUCAGAAGCAGUGGACCCAGCUUUAAGUAAAGCUUACUCCGUGAACGAAGUGAUCAAAUGCAUGCACAUUGGCUUGCUCUGUGUGCAAGACGACACAGAAGACCGACCUACCAUGGAUUUGGUUAUUCUCAUGUUAAACAGCGAGUCUAUUAGCAUCCCAGUGCCUCAAAAACCUUCAUUCUUCUUUCCUGUUAAGAAGUACAUACAGCCACCUUGUGUGCUGAACUCAGAUCAAUCUACCAACAAACUGGACCAAUCUAAUAGCAAGAUAAUGUCACCGUGGUCUGCUGCUGAUAGUGGUUGCGCUGAUUCAGAUCCACGGUAGCCGAGAUUUUGUGGCUACCAUUUAGAUUAACUCAUUGUUUAGAUUUUACCAGACAAAUCCGGUAGGUACACUUUACUGUUGUAAGAGAAUUGAUGUAUCUUCUUGCCAGGACUCUGGCUUAUUAUUUCUAGUAUGAGAAUAACAGAAGGGCAAACAGGUAAGAGCAAUACCAUUUGCUUGGAAGAGCUUGGCAAUUAGAAUGUGAUUAACAUUUAGGCUUUAUGACAUGGCACAUUGUGACGAGACUCGUGUUUUUACAGAAAUUUCAGUUUUUCAUGCUUCAAAUGUUGUAUAUAAUUAGAAAAAUUUUCAAGUCGUUCACU